CAGGAGAAAGGGCAGCUGCUUCCCCCACCGCCCUUCAAGCCGACUCCGCGCGUGCGCAGUUGCUACAGAGGCCGCUGCCCCUCCUGGACCCCGGCUCGCCCUUGUGCUUCCGGGUCAGCCUCUCACCGGCGCGCGCGCAGGGGCCGGCCUGGGACUGGGGCUUUGGCCCCGGGCAGCGACUGGCUCGUGCGGCUUGGUGGCUCCCGCCGCUGCCCUGGGCGGGGCAGGUCCCGCUGAAGCUUCCCCUGGAUGGAUCCCGCAGCUCCCCUGAGCCGGACGGAGCGGAGGCGGUUCUGCGGAGCCCGCGGCUGAGCCCCGCGUGGCCGCUGCCUCCGCGCGGGCUGCAUGUGAUCCCUGCCCCUCGGGACAGCAUGUUGUCGCUUGUGACCAGGGCAGCGGGGGUCUGGGGCAGGCUGCGGCGCGCUUGUAGCGCUGCUGCUUUGUUAUGCCCUCAACCGUGGAUGGAAAAAUGCCCCGCGGAUCAUGUUGUGUUCUCCAGUCCCUAUAGUUCUCAUAAGAAGGAAAAACUGGAUAUGUCUAUAUUUCCUGUUGAAAAUAUUAGAAAUUUCAGUAUCAUAGCUCAUGUAGACCAUGGCAAAAGCACUCUAGCAGACAGGCUAUUGGAAAUUACAGGAACAAUUGCUAAAACUGACCAAAAUAAACAAGUGCUGGAUAAACUGCAAGUGGAACGGGAAAGAGGGAUCACAGUUAAGGCACAGACUGCAUCUCUCUUUUACAGUUAUGAAGGAAUGAACUACCUCUUAAAUCUCAUUGACACACCAGGUCAUGUAGAUUUUAGCUAUGAAGUAUCACGGUCACUGUCUGCCUGUCAAGGUGUCAUUCUUGUAGUGGAUGCAAAUGAGGGUAUUCAAGCACAAACGAUGGCAAACUUCUAUCUUGCUUUUGAAGCACAGCUGGCAAUAAUUCCUGUUAUAAACAAGAUCGACUUGAAGAAUGCAGACCCUGAAAGAGUUGAGAAACAAAUUGAAAAGCUAUUUGAUAUCUCUAAGGAUGAAUGUAUUAGGAUUUCUGCUAAACUAGGAACGAAUGUGGAAAAGGUGCUUCAGGAAGUUAUUGAAAAGGUUCCAGCACCCAGUGUUAACAUUAGUGACCCAUUGAAAGCCUUGGUGUUCGACUCCACCUUCGACCACUACAGGGGUGUCAUAGCUAACAUUGCGCUCUUUGGUGGAGAGGUUCAGAAAGGACAUAAGAUUGUGUCUGCUCACACAAGGAAGACCUAUGAAGUUAAUGAAGUAGGAAUUCUGACCCCAAAUGAACAGCCAACUCAUAAAUUAUAUGCUGGACAGGUGGGCUAUCUGAUUGCUGGGAUGAAAGAGGUUACGGAAGCCCAAAUAGGAGACACGCUGUAUUUACAUAAGCAGCCAGUGGAGCCUUUGCCAGGCUUUAAAUCAGCGAAACCAAUGGUCUUUGCAGGAAUGUACCCGGUAGACCAGUCAGAGUAUAACAACCUGAAAAGUGCUAUAGAAAAACUGACACUAAAUGAUUCCAGUGUAACUAUUCAUCGGGAUAGCAGCCUUGCCUUAGGAGCUGGAUGGAGGUUGGGGUUUCUUGGUCUUCUACAUUUGGAAGUUUUUAAUCAGCGCUUGGAGCAAGAAUACAAUGCAUCUGUCAUUUUGACUGCACCCACUGUUCCAUAUAAAGCUGUUCUUUCCUCAGCAAAACUGAAAAAGGAGCACGGGAAAGAGGAGAUUACUGUUAUCAACCCUGCUGAGUUUCCUGAUAAAUCUUCAGUAUCAGAAUAUUUGGAACCAACCGUUUUGGGGACUAUCAUAACACCUGAUGAAUAUAUUGGAAAAAUAGUAACUCUCUGUCAGACUCGCAGGGCUGUUCAGAAGGACAUGGUGUACAUUGAUGAGCACAGGGUUAUGCUGAAAUAUAUCUUCCCGCUGAAUGAAAUUGUGGUGGAUUUUUAUGAUGCUUUGAAAUCACUCUCUUCUGGAUAUGCUAGUUUUGAUUAUGAAGAUGCAGGAUACCAGGCAGCAGACCUUGUCAAAAUGGAUAUUCUUUUAAAUGGAAACUCUGUUGAAGAAUUGGGAACUGUUGUACACAAAGACAAAGCUUAUGCUGUUGGCAAAGCCAUGUGUGAACGUUUAAAAGAUGCUAUUCCUAGACAGUUGUUUGAAAUAGCCAUCCAGGCUGCUCUUGGCAGCAAAGUCAUUGCAAGAGAAACAGUGAAAGCUUACAGAAAGAACGUUGUGGCAAAAUGCUAUGGUGGAGAUAUUACACGGAAAAUGAAGCUUUUGAAGAGGCAAGCAGAAGGAAAGAAAAAGAUGAGGAAAAUUGGCAAUGUGGAAGUGCCAAAAGAUGCCUUUAUAAGUGUUCUAAAGAGACAAUCUGAAAAAUAAUUGGAGACCAAAACUCUGCAACUCUGAUGCUUCUAUCUAGCUUUUGCUGGGCAAAUGACAGGAUGAGGUUAAUGUAUAACUUAUUGCUGGGGGUUUGUUUGUGUUAUCUUAUCAUAUUUAAUUUUGUACAUAUGGCUACAGCUAUAUGGGGAACAAAUUUUAAUUGGAAGAAUGUACUUGAAGUCUACAUUUCAGAUUUUAUUACCAUACAUUAUUUUGUAAUGUGUACAAUGAAAUUCAGCUAGAAUGACUGUAGGUGAUUAUGGAAUCCAGUCCCAGGAGGAGCUUGCUUUAAAGCACUGCAGGUGUGGCCAACCCCCAACUUCCUUUUCUAACUCUGCACACAAGAAGUAAUAGAUGGUGCACUUUAGAUCUCAAAUUCCUGGAAGUACAUUAUUUGAAGGUCAGGGUAAUAUAAUUGAUUUUUAUGUAAGUACAAGGAAAAGGGCACACCAGCUCCACAGUAGUGAAACAAGCUAGACCGUUACUCCACCAGCAAGUGUAAAACAGUCAUUUAGGAACUGACAAUUAGGAGAGAUCAUAUACCUCAACACAGAGAGUUGGCUUAAUAUUAGGAGACCUCAAGGCUUCUGAAAACAGCAACUGUAGAAGACUAGGUACUGGGCAUUACUGAUCCCAUGUAAUUCCCUUUCCUAUCACCUAUUUCAUGGAUACAGGUAAGUGGCAGCACAGAGGGCAUACCCCUUAUCUAGGUCAGAGUGAAGACAUACACCUAAUUUAUGGCAAGAAUGUGAAAGACAAGUAUGAGGUGCUUAAUUAUCUGAUGUCUGUUUCAAAAAUGGGGGGGGGGGCAGGGAGGAGUUGCAUAAUUAGUCUUUAGUUUGCUUCUUAGGAAGUAAGGGUAGAUGUUUCUAGCUCUGUCUGUAGAGGGAGCUCACCCACAUUCAGCAAAUGGUAUAACAUGCCUCACCUUAGUAACAUAAGGUUAGGAACAACCUCUAAAACACAGUUUAGAAAACUGUCAUGCUUACAGGAAUGAAAUCCUUAAUUCCAGCCUGUUGAAGGGGACAUCCUGCUCUGUGGAAGUGUUAUAGGACAUGACUUGAGCAAAGAGGUUUUACUACAGGUGAGAAGCCAGCUAUUCUGUAUUAGGCUCCAACUAAACUUGAUGCACUCCAGACAAAUUGAGGGACAAGUGUCCUUUGAAUAGAAAACUUGUUUCAUGCAGUGUUUUAAAGUGAACAGAUUAGGAGAAGGUUACACAUGACCUCCUGUUUUAAUCUAAACAAUACCAAAAGAGGGGUAGUGUCAAACUUUAAUUACAGCUAUAAAACAAUCAUGUUACUAUUACUGUGAGAAAGUAUUCUCAGCCAGAGGAUUGAAAUUAAUCCUUUUCACAACUUGCUAUUUUAGAAAAACUGCAUAAACCAGCAGCUGUUUGGCCAGUUUUAAUAAUCAGUGGUUCUCAAACUUUUGUAUUAGUGACCCUCCUUCACCCAGGAAGCCUCUGAGUAUGACCCUCUCCCCCCCUCCUUGUAAAUUAAAAACACUUUAUAUUUAACACUGUUAUAAAUGAUGGUGGUGAACCAGGAUUUGGGGGUGGAGGCUGACAGCUUGUGACCCCUCACAUAACCUUGCAAGCCCCCUAAGGGGUCGUGACCCCCACUUUUGAGAACCCUUGUAGUAGAUGAAUGCUGCAAUAGCAAAAAAACAGAAUCUGAAGCAUGUAAAAUCCUCAGCAUGCUCACACACAGUUCAGUGUAGGGUGGACCACCACUUAAAUCUUUCUGGAGGUGUUAAAGUAGGAUUCUUCAGCCACUCCAGCAAAGUGAGAAUUUGAAGUAUGAAGUACUUGAGCAGGAAAGAUUAUUUUUGCAUUUAGUUUCUAUAUAGCAAUAGUUAACAAGAGGCUGGUAUACUUGAUUUGUGUUUGAUGUUUUAAUAGCAAAUUUUACUUAAGUAUGUGUUUUAAAGGAGAGAGGCAGAAAAACAGCAGUUUACUGGUCAGUGCCUGUUUAACUAUAAAUCCACAUUUAUGGCUAAGGAACAUUUUUUUCCCACUGUAGAAAAUUACUAUUUUGAAAGCCAAGACUAUUUAAAUAUUACAAUAGAUGAAGAGGAACAUACCAUCAGAUCCAGCCCAUCUUUCAGUGGAUAUUUUAAAAGGGAAUUUACUGCUGGCAUAAAGGAGCUGGUCUGGCACAAUAUGUUAGCUUUGCCCAUAUCUAGAGAAAGGUACACUAUCCUUUCACUAAUCCUUUGUUUUUGAAACCUGAAAUGUUUACUCUGACUACAGUUCACAUCAAAAACAAAACAAACAUGGUAAGGUUUUUGUGAAUUUAAGCUUUACUUAGAGUAACAGUAGAAAAGAGUGGCAUUCUUAGUAACAGUUCAACAUUUAUAGCAAUCUACAGUGCAAAGUGGUUCUGUUUACAUUCAGACUUGUUUCAAUACUAGCCAUCUGGAUUUUUAGGCAUUCUUACUGCCAUUAACCUCCCUUUACAAUUAUUGGAUCACAACAUCAUGUAACUAGGCCAUUCAUCUCCAAAAAGGAACAUAUUGAAUGUAUUCAUUAUCUAGAGUUCAUAAUUACCAAAAUAUAAAAUUCCUAAAUAAACUUGAAACAUGUAACAA